AGAAAAAUAAACGCUGUACGAUUGCUCUGGUAACCAGCAGGCUAUGUUGGUCGGGUUUUUUUUGCAGUGCAUUCGCGGGGUGUUUUGGACGUAUAAAACGGGGACAUUUCCUUAGACAUCUCGAGUGGGGAACAGGACGGCAAAACCGGGGUUGUAACAGGAAAACUCGACGUCUGGUCACCCUAGAUUAAAUAUUAAGCUACGACCAAUAAGCUUCCGUCUUCUAAAUCUGGUCUGGCAAAAUACAUUCACUCUACAUAUUUUCCAGACUGAUUUCACUUUGAAACAUGAAAAUUUUACAUUCAGAUGAGUUAAAGAUAGCGGAGACUACUUUAUAUGCACAUCUGCCUAAAUCCAUAAAGGUUUAUGGAUUUGUCUUCGCUAUGAACAGAGGGAAACCACACACUUUAGAGGUACUGGUGGAUACGUGGCCAGCUUUUACCACCAUUAUUGUUCGACCAGAUCCAAAUAAUAAUCGAGCAAAGGACUUUAUGAAGAAGGUGACUCUAUACAGUUCCGAUGAAGAAGUCCUGAGAAGAAUGCUUGCUGUGGGAGAUGCAAUUGACUGGAGCACAUACUUCCUAAUAGGAGGAUGUGAUCUACGUCAUUCACCAAUUCUAAAGGAAACUGCUGUUUCUCGGGGUGUCAAUAUUAAAGGGUUAUCCUUGGUGCACCUUAUGACAUUAACUGAGCUCAGUCAUUUACCUGAGCUGAUUCCCAGUGAUCUAGAGCCCAGAUUGUCUGUCCUCAAUGAAUCACAUGCCAGUGUAGUUAAUAAGACUUGGAAAUUUGGUGGGGAUGACAAAGGUUACAGGAACAUCCUGAAUCUCAUUAGACAUUUCCCCACAUGCUGCAUUACAGAUGAGAACAAUCAGCCUGUGUCCUGGGUGCUGCUAUAUGAUUACUGUGCCAUGGGGAUGUUGUACACUCAGCCAGAGCAUCGUGGGAAGGGCUAUGCCAAAGCCCUGGUGACCACAAUGGCAAAGAGGCUCCAUUCUCAGGGCUAUCCUGUGUACUGUUUCAUUGAAGAAUGCAAUCCGCUUUCCUACAAACUUUUUAAAAGCAUGGGUUUUACAGAGGACCCCUCUUAUAGGGCUGUCUGGUAUGAAUUUAUUUGUUAGCGUGAAUACUCUUGUAUUCACUCUCGAUGCUCAUGUUAUAUAUAUACUUCUUGGACAUUAUCAUGAAAUCAAAUUUGACAAUUUCCUUUUUUUUUUACAGAAUACAGAAUGUUUAAUGGAAUGAUUUCUUUUUUUAAAUUUAUGUUCCCUUGUAAUCUUUAAUCAAAAGCAUUAACUUCCUCUUCCAUUCUUAAUCACAUCUCUUCUUUGAUCACGUGUGCAGCAUGAGGGCUGGACAAUAAGCCCUCAUUCGAUUCUUCAUGGGCAACAUUUUUUAUUGUUUGAGGAGCAGUUUCACUCAGGAAUAUAUCACAACAGAGAAUAAAGACGAUUGCAACUAA